UAUACCGGAUCUCGCGUGGACCGAGCAGAUUCCAGAAGCGCGGUCCAGAACGUGUCGAUAACGUGUCGCGAUAACCGGCAAGCCUAACCGCGCUGCUUUUUUGUGCUUUUUUGUGACGAGUGCCAAAUAUUCCAGGCAUCUUGUUAUCGUUGUCGAACCGCGACACGUGGACGGAUCAUCAAUAACGCCUCGUGCGCGAGUCACGAGUGCAAAGAGAGACCUCAAUCGAAGAUUGAAACCGCGAUCAGUCUGCUACGCAUCGACGGAUCGCCAACGAGGGUGGUGCCUCUUCGAUAUCGCAUCCCGAAAGUUCCUCUCGCUCGCGCUUUGACAGAUAGAUUAGGCAUGGAGCAGUUCGAGCAGCUGCUGACUUGCGCGAUAUGCCUGGACCGAUACAGAAACCCGAAGCUCCUGCCAUGUCAACACAGCUUUUGCAUGGAGCCAUGCAUGGACGGCCUCGUCGAUUACGUUCGUCGACAGGUCAAGUGUCCAGAAUGCCGCGCCGAACAUCGCAUACCAUAUCAGGGCGUGCAAGCCUUUCCGACCAACGUAACACUGCAACGAUUCCUGGAAUUGCAUAUCGAGAUCACUGGGGAACUACCGGACCCGACCAGCGGUCAGACUAUGGAACGUUGCGGUGUUUGCUCGGAGAAGAGCUACUGCUCGCUGUGCGUCCACUGCGAGAAGAAAUGCUGUCCCGAGUGCAAGGAUGCGCACAUGGAUAUCCUCAGACGCGAAAUUGCGCGCAUCAAUUCCCAGGUGCGCAGGGGUAUACACAGGCUGCAGGACGCGCUGGCCCUGGUGGAGAAAAACACCCUGGGCCUGCAAACGAACUGCGCCUCGGUCGCCGAAGAGGUGGACGAGAUUUAUCGGAGGCUGAGCAAGGCUUUGAAGGACCGCACGGAACAUCUGCGUAACGAGGUCGAUCGAUACCUCGGCACCGAGCUCAGAGGCCUGAUUCAGCUCAAAGAGAAUCUCGAAUUGGAAAUCGCGAAUAUCCAGAGCAACUGCGAUCUGGCGGAGGCGCACAUAAAUGAGAACGUACCGUGGGACGACGCCGAGCUGCUGGACACAAAGGAGCUCUUCCUGCGCACGGUGGAGUUUAUCAGGAAUUUCGAAUACGAGGCGGGGGAUUACAGCCGGCGAGUCCGCUUCGUGAUGGCCCACGAUCCGAAUCAGCUUGUCCUUCACGUGGCGGGUUAUGGCGAAUUGAACAUUAAACCGGAAAGCGGAAGCGGCGGAUUGCUAGGGAGCUCGAGCAGUUUAGCCCCACCCGGGGGUUCGCCCGGCCUCAUGAGAAGCAAAAGCGAUCACCGUCUCGCUUCCCAAUACAGGCAGCAGGAGGAGGAACGAUUGGCCAGGAAUCGAUACGUUCCUGAAUACGAGUACGAGGCGCCAGAAUACGAGGUGCCCAGGAACAAGUCGAGGUACAGGAGUCGAUUUAUGCGACAUCGGGACGGCGACGAUUCCGACGGCGACUCGAGAUCGACGGUGAGAUUCACGUCGACGGCGCCGCAGGAGCCGUCCGGUCUGCGCGAACGUGUCCUGGAUACGGAGGACGCCGCGCGCGGUCCCCUGUCAGGUAUAUUUCGCCUGACGGACUCGCCGCGCGUUAUGAAGAAGCUGCAGGAGUGCGAGCGAGCCGGCAAGAGGAAGAAGGAGGAGCCCACAAGUCAGCCCCAAGUGCAGCAGCCCCAAACACCCAAGCCUCAGGUACAAGUGAGAAAGGUACCGACCGCGAUGGCGAGGCAGACCAGCGAGGACGACGAGAUCUCCAGGAUCAAGAAGCAGAACAAGAGCGCCGCCGCCCACGCCGAGACGGUGGAGGAGAGGCAGCCGACGUCGACGCCGGUUCCCGUUCAUCCCCCGCCGCCGAGGGAACUCGCGGAACCCGAGGAACAGCCGGUCAGGAGAUCGGCUAUCGUCAGGAGAACUUCGGCGGAAACUCACGCUCCGCCCGCGGCCAGGAGCGCCUCGUCGGACUCGAGCACUGGCUCCGAAAGCUCGACGGGAUCGGGGAUACGCAACACCGGGGCGCCGUUCUCGACCGAGGAGAUGAAGCAGAAAUACCUGUCGAGGACGCCGCCGACCAACACGCCCACCGCUGUGUCAUCGGUGCCAGCCGUCACGACACCCAGGGAGUCGUCCAACAUCGCGCCGGCGCCGAGGACGCCCUUUCAGAGCCGUUUUUUAGGCGCAGGUAAUCGUGCGGCUCCACCACCACCGAUUCAGGCGCCACGAGAGGAGCCUGCGACGAAGAAGAAGGACGAAGAGGAGGACGAGGACGAGGAGACGAGCAGCUCCUCCGAAGAGACGGAGUCGGACACCGAGGAAGAGUCGGAGACGGACGUUCAUGCGUCCAAUGCCUCUCCGUCUGUCACCUCCGUCGCGUCUCAGGAUCGUCAGAGAAACGAAUCUGCCAUGGCUCGUACCGACAUCGGGCCUCUGCUCGCUCGCAGCGCCGAAGCUAGAAGGGGAAGCAAAGAGGAUUCACCCUCCAUCAGGUAUUCGUCGCCGAGGGGGAGCCCCGCGCAAUCCGUGACGACGAUGACGACGACGAUGACGGCACCGAGCGGCGGCGCCGCGAUGACGACGACGUCGACGACGCCGGGCGGCUACACCAGCAGGGCGAUUAGCGCGGACGGUAGUACCGACGAAAGAAGGUACUCGGCCGGUCGCGACGAGGACGUUAAUAAAGUAAUCGCGGCUACGGCCACGAUCGCGGAUUACGCUUUUAACGUCGACGACGACGGGGACGCACUUAAACCGCCGCGGGCGACAAACACUCGCUCGUCACGAACGGACAUUAUUAUUACGGACACCGACAAAUCGAUCACCUCAUCCACCUCCUCCCACCUCGCGAUUAGCGAACCCGAGAGUGAUCUCCUCGAGGGUAGCCGUGGCGAUAGUCGAGUAGCGAGCGUGGCAGCCCAAGACGAGGCCACGUUAGUGGAAGGUCGUUCCGGGAACGAUGAGAUCUCGUUGAUAGCCGGCGUUGAUCGCGAACGGGACGGAUCUACUCUCGCGAUUGACGAUGACACCGAGACGAGAGGACGCGAUGGUGAGAAGCGUGAAAAGCCAGAAGACGCGCCAUGUUUACUUCGGAUCGUCGUGGAGGACGUCGACGCGAUUGUCGGCGAGCAGCGCACGUCGGAUCUCAUGAGUCGAUCUGUCGAGACGAUCGACGAGCCGAUCUCCAGAGACCGAUCGAGAUCCAAAGAGUCCCAAACUGUCUCCGAGUGUUCGAGUUCCAUCAGCGGGCGAACGAUAUCCGACAGUGAAUCGGAGGAAAGUGAUUCCGAUAGCGGCUCCGAGGAGGAGGACGAAGAGGAGGUUGAGGACGACGAGUCUCGGGAUGAAAAUUGCAACGUGAAGAAGGAGAAAAGGGAGGAAGACAAGAACGAUUCCGGCUACAAAGGCAGCGAGAAACGCGAGGUUGGCGAGAAAAACGAAGAUUCUUCGAGUUCCGGGAACGACGAGGAGACUACGGUGUUGAGUGUCAGUUCGGGCCUAGGCGAGAGCAGCAAGACACCCGACGAUCGUUACGAGAGGGACCUAAAGCGCCGAAGCGCCUCCAUUAUCGACGAGAGAAGCAUCGAGGAGAUGUUCGACGAUAACGGUUGGGUGAUCACAGAGCAGGAUCUCCAGCAGGAUCUGCAGACAAUGUCCGCGAUCCCAUCGGGCUUUGGAUUCAUGGACGAUCAGAUUGUCGAGAAGACCGAGGACGGCUACGAAGAACCUAUUCCAAUCGUCGAGCGAGAACAUGAAACAUUGGACAAUCUCGAGGAUACCUCGAACAUCGCGAUGGACGACGUCGAGAUGACUCCCCCGAGCGAACCAGGCUCAUCCGAGGGUCCGUCCAGAAGCCGCGUAUACAAGCAGAGCAGUCUGGGUAAGAACGGAUGGCUGGUCUCCGACGAGUCCGAGAGCGAGUCCGAACGGGCAACCCCUCCUGGCCUCGAGGUCCCCUACAAUCGAGACGUCGCCCAGAUCGAAGGGCUCGCGAGGGAAAACGAAGCUUCGAGGGGGAUCGAGGAUAGUGGCAUCGAUGAGAACGGGUGGGUGAUACUUGACGACGACGAUGACGACGUCGCUGAUGGCCGUGUAGGGAAGCGCAGCGCGCAGGAGAGCACGAUUCGUUCCCAAACGACCGACCUCGUAACGAAAACUAACACUGAGAACGGUGCAUUACUACUCGCGAACGCUACUCAGUCGAAGGGCGAGCAGUCGAGGCUUCUCGGCGAGCGCGAGGAAACGCGGCCCGUUGGCGCCAUUGUCAGUAUACCGGUGCAAAUGGAUGUCUCACGAAUCUGUGAUAAAAUGAGCGGCGCAUCGGUGGCCGCCGACGAUUGCGCUCAUCCAUGGAGCUGGAAUCGAAUUAGAUCAGUGGCCGUUUCAUUCCUGAACAAGAGCAGGAGCCAGGCGGCGAUGAUGGCGUCCCGCGAGCGUGAACGGGAACGAGAACGGGAACGGGAACGGGAACGGGAACGGGAACGGGAACGGGAACGAGAACGAGAACGGGAUCGGGAACGCGAACGCGAGCGAGAACGCGAGAGGGACGUGGAUGCGGAGGUGGACUCGCCCUUGUCGGCGAGAUCCCGAUACGCUGCCCUGAAGGAGCGCCGGCAGCGUCUCGCCCGUUCCAGGAGCUCGCACAACUUCGGCGGCGACGAUCUCGACCUGGACGAGGAACCGCCGUCGCCGACGACCCAGUCGCCGAACGCCUACCUGGCGGCCAAGUACGGCGUCGGCUCCGAGCUCGCGCGUAGCCGCAGCACCCACGCCCUGAAGUCGAGGGAGCCGAGCCCGGAACGCGAUCGCCCGGGCGCGGAGAAGGACGGCGCGGCUCUGAGCUCCUGGGCCAGGUACCUGAAGAACAAAUACGGCAACCGCACCACCAAGGACAAGGAACCGCCCUCCUCGUCCUCCACGAUACCCUCGUCCAGCUCUAGCGCGGCCUCGAGAAGGUUAUCGUUGGGCUUGCCUUUGAGGCACACCGGGCAAACAUCCUUCGAAUCUUCUGACGACGACCAAAAAAACCCGUCAGGCUCCCCCACGUCCCCUACAGCAGCUCCCGUUACACCCGCGGCAGCAGGUUCCUCCACUAGCAAUGGUCGGAGGAGUCAUUACUUGCUGAAGCGGCGGCAGCUGUUUAAGUUCGGGAUGCGGGGGAGCGAAGCCGGAUGUUUUACCUGGCCGAGAGGCCUCGCAGUCGGCCCGGACAACUCCAUCGUCGUGGCCGACAGCUCCAAUCAUCGUAUUCAAGUAUUUGACGGUAAUGGAAACUUCAUGAAGGAGUUCGGAACGUACGGCAGCGGCGAGGGCGAAUUCGAUUGCCUCGCCGGGGUGGCCGUAAACAGGAUCGGGCAGUACAUCAUCGCGGACCGCUACAACCACAGGAUCCAGGUGCUCGAUCCGUCCGGCCGUUUCUUGCGAGCCUUUGGCUCCCAGGGCACCGCCGACGGCCGGUUCAAUUAUCCUUGGGGCAUCACCACCGACGCCCUCGGAUUCAUCUACGUAUGCGACAAGGAGAAUCAUCGCGUACAGGUAUUUCAAUCGGACGGCACGUUCGUGGGCAAGUUCGGUUCGUGCGGGGGUGGACGCGGCCAAUUGGAGCACCCGCAUUACAUCGCGGUGAGCAACACGAACCGAGUGAUUGUCAGCGACGGCAACAAUCACCGCGUCCAGAUAUUCGACGUCAACGGCCGCGUCCUGACAUCCUUCGGCUCGGAGGGCUCGGACGACGGUCAGUUCAAGUUCCCGCGGGGCGUCGCCGUCGACGACCAGGGCUAUAUCGUCGUCGCCGAUUCCGGCAACAAUCGCAUACAGAUCUUCAGUCCGGACGGCACCUUCCUCAAGUCCUACGGCUGCUGGGGCAGCGGUGACGGCGAGUUCAAGGGCCUCGAGGGCGUCGCCGUCACCUCCACCGGCAACAUCGUCGUCUGCGACCGCGAGAAUCACCGGGUCCAAGUAUUCUGACCGACUUUGUCGGCCAUUUUGUUGAUGUAACGUCGGAGAAAUCGCGAGCUCUCUGCUCUUUUGCCAAAACGGAUACGCGCCAAUUUAUGAUAUUCGCGUUUAUUAAUAUCGUUAAUGAUGAGCGAGUAAAAGCGAAUGUAUAUCCGGGCAAUGCAAAUACGUCGUGUUAGGUGGAUAUUCGGAAUCGACGUCUAUGAGUAUCUCAGGAGUCGCUCUCUAAAAGUGAAUCAGUGAAAAUAUCACUAAUUUAAACAGUAAAAUAAGAUUUCACUGAGAAUCAGUGAGUAUUUUACUGAUCUUCAGUGGAAAC